AUGAUUCGACCCAUUCAUGUUUGGCCUUGUGUGGCAAAGGCUUCGGAUGACGAAUGGCCUCUCGCUUUCAAUGCAACGCUUGAUGCUCUUGACACUUUUCCGGGCACGUCUCCCCAUUACUCCCAGUGUCAGCAGGUGCAUUGUGCGCGUUGUCUGCCAAUCCUGCGAUCGUCUUCAUCGACCUUCUCUCCGCUCGCCAACUCUAGCGUGAAAUCGCGCAAUGAGUUUUCUCACAAACUAUGA